CAGAUCUUAUUAGAAAAAAGUCACACGUCAAUCAAUUAUUGCCAGCUCUAAACGUAUCUCCGCCGUGAUUGCCACGUCUUCACCCAAAUCUAAUCAGAAAAAGAUUUCCGAUCAAACAUCUUUCUUGAUUUUCCGGUGCUCGCUUCAAUUGGGGAAGAUUCGUUAGGUAUUAUCCUUCUGGGUUUAUCAUAUUCCGAUGAAAGAGUACCGAAUCAGGUAUCGUAGCAUAAUCAUCAAGUAAUUCAAAGAUUCGUCACAAAAAAAUGGAGAAGAAACAGAAGAAGUUUCUAACAGUUGCACCCUUCGAAUGCGCCUGGCGUGAUGAUUUGAGAUUUAAAGAAGCUGGAAGAGGGUGUGUCGCAUUUGAAGCAUUUGCUCACAAUGACGUCACUGUAGUUUUCCGAGAACAAUUAGGUAGUCAACACUACCAUUACAAAAGAGACAACAGUCCUCAUUAUACAGUAAUCAUAGGUAGUCAUAGAAACCGAAGGCUAAAGAUUGAAGUAGAUGGAAUCACCACAGUCGAUGAAGCAGGUUUAGGUUUAUGUUGUUCUUCAGCAUUUCAAAGUUAUUGGAUAAGUAUCUGUGAUGGGUUGAUUAGCAUUGGAAAAGGAAGGUACCCUUUUCAGAAUCUCGUGUUUCAAUGGCUUGACACAAAACCCAAUUGCAGUGUUCAGUAUGUCGGACUUAGUAGUUGGGAUAAACACGUUGGUUACAGAAAUGUUAAUGUGCUUCCAUUAACACAAAACCAUAUUUCACUUUGGAAGCAUGUCGAUUAUGAAGAAUACAAGGGGGAAGACGAUAUGGAAGAAGAUUUGAGGGACGAAUUCGGUAACUUCGAUAAUCAUCAGGGGCUUGGAAGUUUUCUCGAAAAUUGGGAGUUAUCCGAUGUGUAUUUCAUCGUUGGUAACGAGGAAACACUUGUUCCUGCUCAUAAAGUGAUCCUUGCAGCAGUCGACAAUCUUGAUUUAAGUUUGUUAAAUCAAGAUUUUAUCUCAAUCAAAGAUGUUACUUAUCCAGUUCUUCACGCGUUUCUUCGGUUUAUCUACACAGGCUUUACCCAGAUUCCCGAGUCGCUACUGAGCUCUCUGAGGGAUCUAAGUGUACGAUUUGGAGCAACUUCAUUGGUGAAACAAUGUGAAGAAGUGAUUGAAAGAUUCAAAUUGAAUAAAAAGCUGUUUGAUUCAGGAAAGAACAUAGAGUUAUCAUACCCUAGCUCUCAGCCUCAUUCUGGUGUUGCGUCUUUUCCUUUGGGACUUCCUGUGAAUGUUCAAAGACUUGAACAAUUUCACACAACAGGCGAGUUUAGUGAUGUCGAUGUUAGCAUUGAAGGCCAUGGUCUUAUUGCUCGAUCUCAUAAAGUCGUUCUUGGUUUGUGGAGUCUCCCGUUUAUGAAGAUGUUCACAAAUGGAAUGAGUGAGAGUGUAUCUUCCGAAAUUUGCUUAAAAGAAGUCUCAUCACCAAAAGCAUUCAAGAUCAUGAUCGACUACUUCUACAAUGGAGGAUUGAACUUAGAAAACACAGUCGAUACCAAUAUCUUGCUACUUGAGCUUCUUCUAUUAGCAGAUCAAUUUGGGGUUUCGCUCCUUCAUCAAGACUGCUGCAAAACGCUUUUAGAGCAGCUUUCAGAGGGUUCUGUAUGCCUAAUUCUUCAAGUUAUUCCCUCAAUCCCUUCAUGUAAACUUAUAGAAGAAACAUGUGAAAGGAUAUUCACAAUGCAUUUUGAUUAUUGUACAACGGCUUGUAACGACUUCAUCUUGCUAGAUCAAUCAACUUUCUAUAACAUUUUACAGCAUCCGGAUUUGACUGUGACUUCUGAAGAGAGAGUUCUUAAUGGGAUCUUGAUGUGGGGCCUACAACCGAGUGAAUUAUGUAAUUGGGAAGUUGUUGACAACAUGCUUUCUACUAAGACUCCACAAGAUCUUUUUGGGAAAAGGCUUCAGUCUUUAAACAUCUUGUUACCUCUUGUGCGCUUUUCAUUGUUCCCUUUGUUCUUACUCAAAAAGAUGGAAUGUAGCAAUCUAAGCAUGAAAAUCCCGAGUUUUCAUGAUUUGGUGAAAGAGGCAAUUGGGUUUCUGGAAGUGGGAUUGCCUACUUCAGGGAAUAAUCCAAAGUUUCAACAUAGGCAAUCGAGUUUUAAGGAGCUCCAAUACAUACGUGAUGGAGAUAGCAAUGGGGUUGUAUAUUAUGUGGGGACAUCAUAUGGGAAACACCAAUGGGUUAAUCCUGUUCUAGCUAAGAAAAUCAGCAUUACAGCUAGUAAUCCUAUUUCAAGAUACACAGAUCCUAAGGUCUUGGCUUCACGAACCUACCAGGGAACUUCUUUUGCUGGGCCCCGCAUUGAGGAUGGAAAAAACUGUUCAUGGUGGAUGAUUGACCUAGGCCUCGAUCACCAGCUUAUGUGCAACUAUUACACUUUGAGACAAGAUGGAUCAAAGGCUUUUGUGAGAUACUGGAAUUUUCAGGGUUCAUCGGAUGCUAAAAAUUGGACAAAUUUGAGAGUACAUGAGAAUGAUCAAACAAUAAGCAAGCCUGGGCAGUUUGCUUCAUGGGCAGUUACAGGGCCCAAUGCAUUGCUCCCAUUUAGAUACUUCAGGGUUGCUCUAGUGGGCCCCACAACGGACGAUAUCAACCCAUGGACACUUUGCAUUUGCUUCUUGGAACUCUAUGGUUACUUCCACUAAAUUCUCAAAAGAGUCUUUGUAGUUGUAAAUAUUCUUUUUUGCAGUGUUGUUAGUUUAUUUGUAACCGAGAUUAGGCCUCCAUGUAACGUUUGCUCUCCCAUUUUGAUCUUGUGUUGUUGUAUCAAUUCGUGUUCUUGUUUGUUGUGAAUCUUUGAAGAAUAAUUUAUAAUAUGCUUAUGUUGUUGGAUUC